AUGGCGUCGGGAAAUAAGUGUAAAACUAUUCCAAAUAUUAUUGUUUCUUUGGAUUUCGGGACAACAUAUUCUGGAUACGGGCUUGCAUUUCCUGUGGAAAAUAUUGAUUCUCGAAAUGAACUUACAAUCUAUACAAAUCCAAGUGAAGAAAAGGUUCCGACGUGUGUUUUGUUAAACGAAGACAAGAGCUUCCAUUCCUUUGGCAGUCAGGCUUUAGACGAAUACAUCGAUAUGGACAAUGACGAAAGAGAAAACGUAUAUUUCUUUCAAAACUUUAAAAUGGCAUUAUACGAGAAUCGGAAUUUGUCUAGAGAUAUCGAGAUAGAGGAUGAAAAGGGGAAGAAACUGCCAGCCAAAUUAGUAUUUCAGCUUGCAAUUUCAGGUUUAAAAUGUAUUGUCAUGCAGAGAAUUGAUGAGCACCAUCAAAUACACAAGGAUGAAGAUAUUAGCAAGUUAAUUCAAUGGAUGAUCACCAUCCCUGCAAUAUGGACAGAUUCUGCGCGUCAGUUCAUGCGAGAGGCUACUGAAGGCGCAGGAAUUCCAAAUAACCGCGUCCGAUUGGUCCUUGAGCCAGAGGCCGCAUCCUUGUUUUGUCGGAAACAGAAAAUAGUUCUUACGAAAUCUGGAAGAAGAACGUUUGCUGAAGGACAAAAGUAUAUAAUCGCUGAUUUGGGAGGGGGGACGAUUGACAUAUGCGUGCAUGAAAUUUUAGAAGACGGUCAUUUGAAAGAACUGUAUAGAGCUACAGGUGAGGACGCGGGAGGAACAAAAGUCAACGCGCAGUUCGAAUGUUUCUUGGCAUCCUUAUUCGGAAGAGAUGUUGUUGAUGAUUUACGCAAGACGUGUUACGAGCGAUUUAUUACGCAGAUGAGGGAUUUUGAAGAAAGAAAAAAAACGUUUAAAGGCACUGAGAGAAAUAUCAAAAUUAGACUCGAUACCAUUCUGAUGAAACGUUUCGAAACAAAAUCUGGGAAAAGUUUACAAAAUGCAGUCCAGGAAUCAGAUUUCAGUACAAAAGUGAAGUAUGAUAACAAUAGCGGUCGUAUGACAUUCGAUACAUCCGUGAUAAAAGCAUUUUACAAUGGUUCUGUACAGAGUAUUAUAACAAAGGUAAAGACGAUCAUCAAAGAAUGUGCAGGUGACGAAUUAACAACAAUUCUUUUGGUUGGCGGAUAUGCGGAGUCUCACUAUUUGAGAAACAAAGUUAGACAAGAAUUUCCGACCAUUGACCUUGUGUUAGUAGAAGAUGCAAAGUUGGCUGUGAUCAAGGGCAGCGUUAUGAUGGGCCUGGAAGAGAGGAACAUUGUACAGAGAAGAUCCAGAUUUACGUACGGGUUUAGUAUUGCAAGAACUUUCAUUGAAGGUGUUGAUCCCGAACGUUUAAAGUUCUAUAGAGAUGGAGAAGUUAAGUGUUCGAAAGUAUUUGACAAAUGGAUAACGAAAGGGCAAAUGCUUACCUACAACCAAACUUUCAAAUGCUUAACGUCAAACAAACUGGAACAAGCUGAAUCAAAGAAAAUGAAAUUUUCCACUGCUUUAUAUCGCUCCACCAAAGAAGACCCAGAGUAUUGCACGGACGAGGAGAGAUGUGAGCUGGUUGGGAGAGUAAAUAUGGAACCUCCAACUGACGGGUGGCCAGAUUUACUGGAGGCUGAAAGCCACCUGAUUGUGGGAGAAACCGAAUUUACUGUUAAAACUUACAACAAAUACUCGGGAGAAGAACUACAGGCAACGCUCGAUUUCCUUUAA